CCUAUGGAAUCAACAGCAUCCUCUAUCAGCGGGGCAUCUACCCCCCCGAGACUUUCACCCGCGUCCAGAAGUAUGGGCUCACCCUCCUCAUCACCACCGACCCCGAGUUGAAGAACUACCUCAACAACGUGGUGGAGCAGAUGAAAGAGUGGUUGUACAAGUGCAUUGUGCAGCGUCUGGUGGUGGUCAUCUCGAGUAUUGAAAACAAUGAAGUUCUGGAGCGGUGGCAGUUUGACAUCGAGUGUGACAAAACUGCAAAAGAUGAGAAUGAACCACGAGAAAAAUCUCAGAAAGUUAUUCAGGAUGAAAUUCGAUCUGUUAUCAGACAAAUCACUGCCACAGUAACUUUUUUGCCACUGUUGGAAACUGCCUGUGCUUUUGACUUGCUGAUAUACACAGAUAAAGAUUUGGCAGUGCCAGAAAAGUGGGAAGAGUCAGGACCACAAUUCAUAGCCAAUUCAGAAGAGGUUCGUCUUCGUUCCUUCACUACUACAAUCCACAAAGUCAACAGCACAGUGGCUUACAAAAAAGAUUCCUUCCCAUAG